GCAACCCUUCAGGACCGGUUUGCCCAUCGCUGGUCUAUGAGGCAUAUAUAUAUCCUGGAAAAAGGAGGGGGAAGCCCCUGGCAGUCAAAAUGAAGUCUCUGGUCCAUGUGUGCUGCGUUCUGGCCCUGCUGGCUCUGUCUCCUACAGUGCCAGGCUCAUCCAUCCCCGAUGAAGACCCACUGUUACCUAUUCGGCUCACGGAGCCUGAGAGGAACCUCUUCUCUUGUGGAUGUGGCACAACAGAAGAUCACCCCAGCCAGAGUUCAUCAAAUGACACUCCAGCCCCAGAGAGGCCCAUAUGUCAACCCUGCACUCCAAUGCCAGCUGCGUCUGAGCAAGAGUCAGCCCCGCUCUUACAACGUGAAGAAGAAGAAUUAGCGGAGAAAGCGCAAACUGAGGCUUCUGCUAUUGAGUUAACAAGCAAUGAAGAGGAACAGGAGGAAUCUGCUCUAUAUAUUGCAGCACAGGAGGAAAACCAAACAGAGGUUACAUCUGUGACAGAAGUGAAUGAGAAUGAAGGAGUUGGUAAGGAUGUAUCUCCUGCAGAAGUGCAUACAGAUGAGGAGGACACAAGUAAAGACGCAAUAGAUGAAUUGCCAAAAGAUGAAGCAACUGUCCCUAACCAUGCAGAUUUUGGAGAGGAGGAGCUGGUUUUGGAAACAGAAGAGGAAACACAUGAAGAAGAUGUGGACAACGAAGGAAUAGAGCUAAAAGAUGUCGAGGAGGAGGAAACAUUGGAAGAAGCUGAAUCAGAGCAAGGGAACGUUCUUGAAAUGAAUGCUGAACCUGAUGAAUUACAAGUGUCUUCUGAAGCUGAAGUAGUUGAUGACACUGAAACUGAGGUUAUUUCAGAUCCUGAACAUGAAGAAGAACCUGAUACUGUAGAGGAACAUAUGAUGACAGAGGAGAUAUCAGAACAUGAAUCAGAACAUGAAGCUGAAACAGAAGUUAUUUUAGAUUCUGAAUCAGAACUUGAGGUUGAACCAGAAGUUAUAUUAGCACCUGAAGCAGAAUAUGAAUCUGAAUUAGAUGUGAUGUCAGAACCUGAAGAAGACGUGACAUCGGUUCUGGAAUCGGCAGUUGAAGUUGAAUCAGAAGUGACAACAGAACCUGAAGUGGAAUAUGAAACUGAAUCAGAAGCGACAUCUGAAACGGAACCUGAUUACAAAACGGAGCAAGAAAUGAUAUCAGAACCUGACAUAGAAGCAGAUCAAGCAGAAGUGAUUUCUGAAACUGAAGCAGACUAUGAAGCUGAACCAGAAGUGGUAUUUGAGCCUGUAGAAGAAACACCAGAAGUUUCUGAUAAUGACAUUGAUGUAAAUGCACCAGAGCUUGGACUUGUUUCUGAACCAGAAGCAAUUUCAGAGCCCGAAGAAGAGUCAGAAGUCAUUCAUAAAGUGGAGGUUGUUGAAGAAGUCCCACCAGAGUCUAUUGAAGAAGCAACUGUGGAAGAUCCAGGUGAAGAAACAUCUGAAGAAGUCACACAAGAGUCUAUUGAAGAAGCAACCGUGGAAGAUCCAGGUGAAGAAACAUCUGAUGAAGUGCCAGAGGUGGAGGACAAUCCUGUGGAAGUAAAAGAAUCUGCACAAACCACAGGAGGAAAAAAUGAAGGUCCAACACUAAGAGACCGAUCCCAUAUUGAGGACACGCUACGACUGGCUGUUAAGGAAUCAUCAACCCAAUUGACUGCUGCAAUGACGAAGCUACUGAACAUCUACCACACAGCGAUCAAGCCAGUAGAGCAAGCCUUCAAAUACAAUGAACUUAGACAACAUGAAGUCACAGAUGGUGAGAUAACUUCUAAGCCCAUGAUUUUGUUCCUGGGACCCUGGAGUGUGGGCAAGUCCUCAAUGAUCAACUAUCUGCUCGGUCUUGAAGACGCCUCACAAGAACUCUACACAGGUGCGGAGCCCACAACCUCUGAAUAUACUGUAAUAAUGCACGGUGAGAAAUUUCGGACCAUAGAGGGCAUUGUUAUGGCAGCUGACAGCUCGCGUUCCUUCUCGCCUUUGGAGAAGUUCGGACAGGGCUUCCUGGAAAGGCUGGUGGGCUAUGAGAUGCCCCACAAGCUGCUGGAGAGGGUCACCAUUGUUGACACUCCUGGCAUCAUUGAGAAUCGGAAACAGCAGGAGAGAGGAUACCCUUACAACGAAGUGUGCCAGUGGUUCAUUGACCGAGCUGAUCUCAUCUUCCUGGUUUUUGAUCCCACCAAACUUGAUGUGGGAGGAGAACUGGAAAUGCUCUUCAGGCAGAUGAAGGGCCGUGAGUCCCAAAUCCGCAUCAUCCUCAACAAAGCUGACAGCCUCACCACUCAGGACCUGAUGAGGGUCUAUGGAGCCCUUUUCUGGAGCAUGGCACCCCUCAUCAAUGCUACAGAACCACCUCGGGUUUACGUGAGUUCUUUCUGGACUCAGGAAUAUGCAGUAGAUACCAGCCGGGAGCUAUUCAUGAAGGAGGAGACAUCUCUGCUGGAAGACUUGAACCAAGUGAUAGAAAACCAGAUUGAAAACAAGAUCGCAUUCAUCCGGCAGCACGGCAUCCGAGUGCGUAUUCACUCCCUCCUUGUCGACCGUUACCUUCAGACCUAUCACGAAAAGCUAGGCUGGUUUAGUGAUCCCUACGAGGUGUUCCAGGACAUUGUCACCGACCCAGAUAAGUACUAUAUCUUCAAGUCCAUUCUGGCCAAGACCAAUGUCAGCAAGUUUGACCUGCCCACCAAGGAAGCCUAUCAGGAUUUCUUUGGCGUGAAUCCAGUCUCCAACUUCCAGCAGCUCUCCUACCACUGCAGCUGGACGGGUGGUUGUAUGCUGGACCGUUUGGAGAAGGCCAUUUCGUACGAGCUCCCGGGUCUACUCAUGAGCGUCAGCAAGGAAACGCCGGCCCCUGCAAAGCAUGCGACUGUGCUCUCCGGCACCUGUGAGGGCCCUGAGUGUGAGGAGAAACCCAAAAAUCGUUGGAGGAAGCAUUGAGUUGGAUGAGAUUAAAGCCUUCAGGUUAUUCAGAAAGAAUCCUCCUUGCUGUGAUUCUCAAAACUGAUGAUGGGGAGCAAAACAGAUAAAGAACAUUUGUAAAGCUCAAUGAUGCCCACUUGGGAAAAGGAUUUUCCAUCCUAUCAUAAUAUAUAUAUUUGAUAGUCUUAGAAUAAUUGAAUAUCAUACUGAUGAAGUAUAGCUACAAAUUUGAAAUUCAUUAUUGAAAACUUCAUCUAUUUUCUUCUUCAGAUGAAACUGAUACAUAUUAAUUGAUAAACAUUUUCUUUUUGAAUACAAAAGUUCUUUUUUUUUAAUGGCAUUUGUUCUCAUUUUCUUUUUGCACAUUAUUUAUUAACAUCCUCAGAAAAAAGACACUUCUGGCAAGAUGCUAAAAACUGCCACUGUUGUUAUUUCUGUGCUGUGAACAAAGAAGGAUGACAGUCAAAGCUGCUGUGCUGUUUUAGUUCAACUAACAACAUAAUCUUGUUCUUAAAACAAGUGGAAGACUUGCAAGUUUUGUUCUCAUUACAAGACAAUACAGUUUUUGCAUUGACAGGGAAUUAUGCUUAUAUUCCUAAAGGAAUUUCUUAAUUUUAGAUAAUCAUUUUUCCGUGUUAACUGCAAUACUUUUCAUUUUGGAAUCUGCAAAUAUGC